AUGGCGGCGCAGAUGCGAGCCUCGCCCUAUGGCGCCUACAAGGCCGUGGCGGCGCACUACGGCUGGUGGAUGCAGCUGCCGCACGCGCGCUUCCGCGCCCUCGUCGACGAUGCCGCCGACGACGACGACAACAACAACAAAAACAACAAAAACAACAACAAACACGUCUUUGCGCUGCUGGCGUCCCACUGGGUCGCCGUCAAGAUGGUGCUGCGGCCCGUCACCGAGGUUGAGAUGCGCGUGUCGGCCGCCAAGCAGCAGCUCCAGCAGCAGCAGCGGCAGCGCCGGGGGGACGGGCUCGAGGGCGGCAUGGCGAGGUGGCUGUGCCACCUCAACGCGCAGGUGCCGUCAGAGUACGCGGCGUACAACCGCUGGCCCGUCUGGGUGCAGGAGCAGAUGGCGCGCGACCCGGGGUUUUUCGGGACGGCGGGUGGUGGUGGUGGUGGUGAUGGUGGCGAGUGA